AUGGGUGUUAAACCACCAAGAAAGAUCAACAAUGAUGUACAUAAGAUUUCAAUACACAGAACACGAGCAAAGGCAACUUGGGAAUUGAAAGAGUUGUGUGUGAAUGGCUGUGGAUUUUAUGGAACACCUCAAUGGGAGAAUCGCUGCUCGAAAUGUUGGAGGGCACAUCAAAAUGAGCUUAAAAAGAGUCAAGACUUUGCUAAGAACAAGUCUUUGUUAAGCUUCGACCAAUUCCAAGAAAGAAGGAAAUCAACGACUGAAAGCAAGUCUCGUGGUAUCAAAAAUUUAUUUAAAGCAUCUCCGAUCCCUGAAAGCGGAGCAAGUUCACCGACUUCAACAUCUCCUGCAAGCACACCAACAAGACGUCGUGACCUCUCACCAGACUCGUUGGAAGCCCGUAAGCAUUUCACCGACUUCCUCGUUGCGAAUUUAUCAACAGCGAUGGCUCAAGAAAUUGCACGCUCUGUGAAAAACGCAGUAACGAAAAUAUGUGAAAUGCGAAUGAAUUCUGAUGAGAUGUCGGAACUCGUAAUGAGUUAUUAUCAAUAUCUUGGAGAACGGAUUGGUGGACAUUCUCUGUUCGAUUCACCAGAUUGUAAAGUGAAAGUUGAAGAUGUAAUGGAUCAAGUGGAAAAGUAUAUAUCAACAUGCUGUUACACAACAUUUUUUUGUGCAAGUCAUGAAGAAGAAGUUGCUGAUGUGUCAUUACAGGAUCGAAUCCGUUCUCUUCACUGGGUUACCGCUGGAUUUUUAGAGACAAAAUUAGUGUUCAAAAAGCAAACAGUUCGAGACAAAAUUGAUGAAGGAAUAUCCGAAUUGAUUGAAAUAAAUGCAAAAAAAUCGGCGUUUGAGAAACUCGAAUGUCUCACCCGUUCUUGCAAAGCAGUAUUUGAAGCUCUAAAAGAGAGUGAAUCGUCUAUGUCGGCUGAUGAAUUUCUUCCUACUUUAAUCUACAUUCUCUUCCGUGGAAAUCCCCCUUUGAUUCAAUCAAAUGUUAAAUUCAUAUCCCGUUUUGCCAUUCCGGCUCGACUAAUGAGCGGAGAAGCUGCCUACUUCUUCACCAAUCUUUCUUGCGCUCUGGAAUUCGCAAGAAACAUGAAUCAUGAGAGCCUUCAAAUGGAAAAAGCCGAAUUCGAAGCAUACACAACAGGGCAUUUGGCUCCUCCUCUUUCAGUCAUAAAUUCAGCAUGCAAUCAAGCAAUGUAUGUAUUGGAAGGAACUAUUGAAACGAUCACUACUGUCGUCAAAAAAGCAGGAGGUCUGGCAUCAAAUUUGACAGGUGUUCAUGGAAAAGCUGAUGAUGACCUGGAGAAAAUGUUGAUAGUCAUCAAGGAAACAGUCGACUUCUAUCCGACGGAAGAGUAUUUGAAAAUGAAAGAAUCUAUAUUUGGCGAAGAACAAGAAACUGCUGAUCUUCUGGUUUCUCUAUCUCGUCAAUCUUCUGAAUCUGGUCGUGGAACGCUCUCAACAUCUGCUGAUUCCGAACCAUCAACUCCACAACCACAACUUGAACCAUCUCUUGAGUCUCCGCUCGCAGCCUUCAGUCAAAAAUAA